AUGUACGAGGGUGUUAGGGUGACGCCAACACAGGUGACGCAAGACGACAGGGAGUUGAUGCAAUCGGGGUUAUUGCUUAGCAUGACACGGAGGAGGCAGAGACUCCCGCGCUGGGUCACAUGGGUCAUGCCGCCUAGCGGGUGUGUGAAGCUCAAUAUUGAUGGCUCAUCCUUAGGAAAUCCCGGACCGUCAGGAACUGGAGGGGUGCUGCGUGAUUCAGAUGGUACCAUCCUGAGUGAUUUCUCAUCAUUUUUAGGGUUAAUGACAAAUAUGGAAGCAGAGGCCUUGGCGCUGCUAGAGGGCAUGCGCAUUUCUGCUGGAUUUCAUUGUUUGCACGUUGAAAUGGAUUCUCAAGUCUUGAUGCGCAUGGUGACUGGCAAUGGAAGUAUUCCUUGGAAACUAUGGAGUACUAUCUCACGCAUCAAAACUAUAGCCCUGGGUCGGCAGGGUACCCAAGUGCUGGAGGUACAUGAACCAAAAGCAGACCUCACCCUUAAAUUAGAAGCCGAGAUAUUGAGAGACGAAUCAAGGGAGUGA